AUAUAAAACGAAGGUACUCCCUCCGUGUUUUUAAUAAGUAUUACACUUCUUUUUUUGGCAAAAAGUUAUACGAGUAUUUAAAUAUCAUAUCUUUCGCCUCUCAUAGUCCUCACUCAAACCCACUACUACCUUUUUUUUUUUUUUUUUAUUUCCUCCUACAUUUACUACUCUGUAUCUUUCAAUAAACUAUUAAUCUCACUUUUUUUUUUUACAAUUCUUUAAUACUCUAAAUAGUAAAUACCACACUUCUCUACUGUAUUAUUUUAUUUAAGUUAUUUUAAUUGUCUAAAACUAUAUAUCGAUUAAAAUAUAACACUUAUUAAGACACGGACGGAAUAACACAUAAACUGAAGUUCUGAUGAAAUCAAACCUCACCAUCAGAUAAAAACAAAUAAUAAAAAAAUUGUUGAACUAAACAAGUUCUUUCCACAAAGUCCAACAAGACCAACAUCGGAGAAAAGUAUCUUGACGAUAUGCCAGUCAAGUUCUCCAAUUCCAAACCUACCGCAAUAUAAAAGCAUAAUUCUCUCUCAUCGUUGAGUAUCACAUACUCUCAUUUCCAUCCCCAACUCCUCAAGAAGGCCAAUUCGCCGAUAAAUUAUUAUUCAGGAUUCAAUGUCAAAGGAAUGGAUUAUGGCUUCUGAUUUGAUUUGGGGGAGAAUGAGGAAUUUUGAAAGUGUAAGCCUUGAGAAUGUGGAAAACCAAACUAAUUCUGGGGUUGUAUCUGACAAUUUGAGGAAAAAUUAUGUAGUUCAAUCUUGUGGAAAGCAUCAGAGAGAGGAAAGGGUGGCAUUAGGAGUCAGGUCCAUGGUAGGCAAAGUGAGCUUGGAAAAUCUUGAAAAGAUUAUGAGUUGGUUGAACGAUGAUAAGAUUGACAAAAUUGGUGUGUUUGGGAUGGGUGGUUGCGGCAAGACUACCCUUGCUAUUCACGUUUAUAACCGACUUUUACAGAGUGAGCUUCCAUAUGUUCUUGUGUGGGUGACUGUGGGGAUGGGUUUCGAUGUUCACAAAUUGCAACUGUGCAUUUCAAGUGCAGUUGGUCUUGACCUUGAUCAGGAGAAAGACGAAACCAGAAGAGCGGCUAUGUUGCAUAAUUUCUUGGCAAAGAAAGUAAAAUAUGUGUUGUUCCUUGACAAUUUGUGGGACCAUUUCUCCUUUGAGAAGGUUGGGAUCCCAUUCUCUGGUGCAUGUAAGGUGAUCAUAACAACUCGAAUGUUGAGCGUUUGUGGGAGAAUAGGUUGCAAAAAGACGAUUAAGAUUGGCAUGCUUGGAUCUUGUGAAGCAUGGGAGUUAUUUUGCAGUGUACUUGGACAUGGGAGUUGUGAAGCAUUGACUUCUGAUGACAUUGGGCACGUUGCAAGGCUUAUUUGCCAGGAGUGUGCAGGCCUCCCAAUUUCCAUUGUUCAUUUGGCGAGGAGUUUAAGGGGGGUGAAUAGUGUUUCUGAGUGGAAACUUACUCUUCAUAGACUCAGAGGAAUUCCCAAAGAGCAUGAAUUACUGAUGACCACAGAUUUAUUUUUGAAAUUGCAUUGGUCUUAUGCAAAGCUGACCAAUGCAACAAUCAAGCUUUCUCUUUUGUAUUGCACUUUGUAUCCUAAAAACUGCAAGAUCCCGAGAGAAGAGUUGAUACGACUUUGGAUUUCUGUGGGUCUGAUAGAGGAGGUGUCGUCUUUGCAAGCGCAAUAUGACAAGGGUCACACCAUAAUAAAUAAACUUGUGGACUGCAGCUUGCUGGAUUCCUCUGAAGCGAAUCAUUUUGUGAAGAUGCAUGAUGUGAUCAGGAAUAUGGCUAUUAGAAUUACCAGGCAAAAUAUUAGACCACAGUUUUUGGUCAAAUGUGGUGCACAGUUUAAAGACCUGGCGGAAGCACUGGCAUUCAAGGAAGAUUUCCAUGCUGUCUCACUGGCAAGAAAUGACAUUACAGAUAUUCCUUUAGGCACUUUCCCAAAGUAUCCCAAGCUUUCAGUCUUGCUAUUGCAGCACAUCCCUUUGAAAAAUGUUCCUGCGUCGUUCUUUUUGAAUAUGCCUAGUCUCUUUGUCCUUGAUCUGUCAAGCACUAGCAUUCAGAGUCUACCUGACUCAAUUAGUGAUCUGCAGAGUCUAAAAAGCUUACUUCUUCGUUGUUGUCAGAAGCUUACAUACGUGCCUUCAUUGGCUAACUUGAAUGCUUUGCGAAUCUUGGACCUAGGUUACAGUGCCAUUAAACGAAUUCCUUAUGGUAUAGAGAAGCUAACCAUGCUGAGAGAACUUGAUCUCUCUGGUUUUCACAAAUUAAAGGAAUUGAAUUAUGGGUUGAUUUCCAGGCUGCCUGCAUUGAAGCGUAUAUCAUGCUAUGUGAUGGGGAUCUUGCAACAGUUGAAUAAUCUAAGGUCCCUGGAGAUUCUUGAUGCAACAUUCCAUAACAUUAGUGACUACAAUUGUUAUGUUAAGUCUGAACACUGGCGAUUGUUGGAUAGUUUCCAUCUGCAAGUUGGAGAUGUUGUGGAGCAAGAGAAGAAAACUUACAAAGAAGUGUGGCACUAUAGCAAUAUAGUAGCCUUUUAUGGAUGUUCUCUUGCUGCUGAAAGAGAACAGCUAGUCCUACCGGAAAAUCUCAAUCAGUUGCACAUAAACAAUUGUGAAGGUCUAGGCAGCCUGUGUGAUAUGCUGAACUGGGAUAGUUCAAGUUACAAAAAUGUCCAUGCAGGAAAUUCUCAAGGUUAUGACACAGAAUGUAAAAAAUUGUACAGGGAAAAUUCCAAGCUGCACAACUCGAAAUAUCACUUGGAUGGAGAUGUAAAAAGUGGUGGACUCCUUCCGAACCUAGAAAUAUGUACAAUUAGUAGGUGCCAUGAUAUUGAGAAGUUAUUCACCCCUACACAAAUUAUGGGUCUUGAAAGUCUUGAAAUAUUGGAAAUUAGGGACUGUUCUGAGUUGAAGGAGUUGAUUUCAGACAAAGAUUGUAACAGUCUUAACAGAACCCCAUCUGAAUGUAGUCCUCACACAUUUAAGUUGCCUAAUUUAAGAAGAUUAGAGCUGACAAAGUUGCCGAUGCUGUCCAGCAUCUACAGGGGCUUAUUGCUUUGCACCUCUUUACAGUCAAUUCUGGUUGAUGACUGUCCCAAAUUGACGCGGCUCCCAUUCUCCUUUUUCUUGGAUGAUCAACACAAAGUUCUUUUGCCAAUGCUUCAACAAAUUGAAGGACCGGAUGAAUGGUGGGAUUCAUUACAACUAAACCAAAGUGAUACUAAAUUAUCACUGCAAACUCUAUUCAGAUCAAAAAACUCUACACGGGGGUCUUCAGAAUCUGGAUGUGAUCAGAGUCGUUGAGUGCUGGCCUUGAAGAUGCACAUGAGUGCAGGUCACGGCCAGCAGGGUGCAUGAUGUCACUACUCACAUCACAUUUGGCCUUGUUUAAUUUUAGAUGCGGUAAAUAAUGAGCCAUUAUUAUGGCCUUUUAUGUAAAUCUUUUGUACUGUAAUUAGUAACUCUAUACAUGGGAUGUGAAACUUAAUAAGGCUUUGAGCUUCAAAUAACUUGUUCCUGCGCCUUUAUGUUAUGUAUAUGCGAGUACUAUAAGGCGAUACUGCAGUGUUUUUUUUUUUCUUUCUCUCUUGCUGUAAAUACAUACAGAAUAUAUAUUUUGCCCAACAAUUUUAGUGGCUCAUUAGAUAAUAGUCA